UAGGCAGGUGGGCAGGUGGGCGGAUGGGUGCUUCCCGCCCAGUUGGCCAAUUAGUGUCAGCAAUGAUAAUUUAUGAUGUCAACAUAUCAACGAGUGUCCUGGCAAUCACAGUUAUUAGCCGUAAAUAAGUCACGACCGGAGCCGCAAAACAAUGUCAAAUGUACAAUUAAUUGAACAGGGCGCCAAUUAAAAUGCGUGUGUCCAGGUGUAUAUAUAAAUCCAAGAUGGGCUGCAGACACACAAUUCAGCUGGACUUGGCCAUGUCGCGAUUGUUUCAGCUGCAGGAGAAUUGUCUGCGCCUCAUGGGCCACAAUCUGGAGAGCUCUGGUGUUCCGGGCAGCUUUACCCUUGGCCUAAAGCACAUCGCAUCUCUCCUGUUUGUGCUCUCCGCCGAGUAUCCGAUGUUGUCGUAUGUCAUCUAUCAUCGGGACGACAUGGAGCUGAUUACCGCCUGCUUGAGCGUGGCCUUCACCAACCUGGUCACGGUCACCAAGAUCUGGACGUUUCUGCUCUACAAGCCCAACUUUGGCCAAAUGAUGCAGCGCUUCAGGCAGCUCGACUGCAAAUCUCAGCUCGAGAAUGGAGGCAAUGGCUAUUUGGCGCGUGCCAACAAGCUUGCCGCCUCGCUGGGCCGCGCCUAUUGCAUUUCCUGCGGCUUCACCGGGCUCUACUUUAUGCUCGGACCCAUUAUCAAGAUCAUCACCAGCAGCUGGCGUGGCGUGCCCUACGCCCGAGAGCUGCCCAUGCCCAUGAAAUUUCCCUUCAAUGAUGUGGACUGUCCCGGCUACGAGUUUGGCUUUAUCUAUACGCUGUUUGUGACCAUCGUCGUGGUGCUCUAUGCCUCGGCCGUGGACGGGCUCUUCAUAUCCUUUGCCAUUAAUCUGCGCGCCCAUUUCCAGGCGCUGCAGCAGGACAUUCGCGAGCUCAACUUCGACCAGGCCGAGCAGCUGGUGCAGCGGCAGCUGGUCGAGGUGGUCGACUACCAUGUGCUGCUCCUCGACCUGUGCCGGCGGCUGCGACGCAUCUACACGCCCAUCGUAUUCGGCCAGUUCUUCAUCACCUCGCUGGAGGUGGGCGUCAUCAUCUACCAGAUUGUGACGCACAUGGACUCAAUCAUGGCCCUGCUCGUGUAUUUCUCAUUCUUCUGCUCCAUAAUGCUGCAACUCUUCAUGUACUGCUACGGCGGAGAGAUCAUCAAAGUUGAGAGCCUGCAGGUUGGCAUCGCUAUCCAAACAUCCAAUUGGCACUUGGCUUUGCCCAAGCAGCGGCGUUCCUUGGUCUUCAUGAUGCAUCGUUCCCAGCGGGAGAUGCUCAUCAAGGCGGGCUUCUAUGAAGCUUCGCUUGCCAACUUUCUGGCGAUUUGUCGUGCCGCCCUGUCGUUUAUAACCCUUAUUCAGUCCAUUGAGUAAAGGGCACAACAACAAAAGGAAACAAAAGACAUAGAAAAACACAAAAGUAGUGCAACAAUUUAUUUAAAUAAAUAGCCCCUAUUUGAGGCAUGAACUCUC